AUGAAUUUUUUUUUAAUAAUAUUAUUAAAUUUUAUAUAUUUUAAUAUUGUCGCCGACCGCCGUCGAGUCACGCACACGACGACGGGUGCAGAUAAUAACGGCGACUGCUGCGACAACGACAACGACGACGACGACGACGACGACGACGGUGAUGAUGUCGGUGAUGAUGGUGAUAAUACUAUAAUGGAAAACCAUCUGCUUGUUCAGUGUGUUGUACAACUGCACCUCGUACAAGGACUUGGGCGUAAUCUCCGCGGUGGGCCGUUCUUCGCUUUCAUCGAUCGAUGAGUGAACAACAUUAUAAUAUGCUGGGUUGGAGAGACGAACUGACAAUGCAGACACACGGUUGUUGUUGACAGCUAUAUAAUAUAUAUAUGUGUAUUUGUAACAAUCAAUAAUAAUGGAUGAUAAUAAAUUGGAGAAAAUACAGUUCGUGUGUGGCGAAAAUAAAAUAAAGUCUCUAGCGAUUAAUAGUUUAAUCAACCGUAAUCAUACAAAAAAAUCAAAUAUAAUAUUCUAUGAAUAUUCAUAACAAUACCGAAUGAUCUAUAUGUACAAUACUUAUAUUGUCUGUCCUAAGCGUGAAGAAAAAAGAUCUAUAGGAAA